UGGCUGUGUUAAGGCGAGGCCAUGUGGAGGGCGACCUGUUUCUGUCUCACCACUCGUGUGUUUGCUCGUAGGACUGAUGGAGCACACGAAGAUGCUGCUGCGAGCCUUCUUUGAGCUGUCGCAGACUCACAGAGCGUUUGGAGAUGUCUUCUCUGUCAUCGGUGUGCGAGAGCCUCAGGCUGCCGCCAGCGAGGCCUUUGUGAAGUUCGCUGAUGCUCAUCGCAGCAUUGAGAAGUACGGCAUUAAGCUACUGAAGACCAUCAAACCUAUGCUCCAUGACCUGAACACGUACCUUCACAAGGCCAUUCCAGACACGAAGCUCACCAUACGCAAGUACCUGGAUGUGAAGUUCGAAUACCUGUCGUACUGCCUGAAGGUGAAGGAAAUGGAUGAUGAAGAAUACAGCAGUAUUGCCAUGGGAGAGCCUCUGUAUCGCGUCAGCACCGGUAACUACGAGUAUCGUCUGGUGCUGCGGUGUCGGCAGGAGGCGCGUGCACGCUUCGCCAAAAUGAGGAAGGACGUUCUGGAGAAGAUAGAGCUGCUGGAUCAGAAACACGUCCAGGACAUUGUUUUCCAGCUGCAGCGCUUCGUCUCCGGCAUGUCCCGAUACUACGACGAGUGCUACAGCGUUCUGAAGGAGGCGGACGUCUUCCCCAUCGAGGUGGACCUGUCCCGCACCAUGAUCAACUACAGCAGCCAGUCGUUCUCCUACACUGAAGAGGGGGGGGAGGAGGAGGAGGAGGAGGAGGGAGGAGGAAGCAGCACAGGCCGACAGGCAGAGAACGGAGCUGAGAAGCUGGUCGAUGACGAAUGAGAGACAGUGAGAGUGGAGGUGAACACUGUUGUCACUGUGGUGAAACCUACUGGGAGCAGCUGCUGUUUGUUGGUCUAUUGGUGAAGUUUUCUUUACUUUAGAAUCAACUGCUUUGUGAUUAUUUUAUUGUAUCGUUUUACCAAAAACCACUUCACAACUCGUAACAGAGGAUGAGUUUAUUUUAACCUGAGUGCCGAAGCGUGGGACCUACGUGCGUAUGACUUGUGCCUUCUUAGCUCUUAGUUUAAUGAUUGGUCUGUUUUAAUGUGCAUAUUGUGAAUUAAUUAAAGCUAUUCUUAUUUUAUUUUCCUGGCCAGAAAACCUGUUGCAUUUUGGGCAGUGAUUUGUUCGGCUUCCUAAAACGUUCCUUUAUGUCACCAAUGAACUUUUCUCCUGAUCCCAACAAAAAACUGGAACCUAAUGGAUGAAGACACAAACCUGAAGCAAGAUAGUGACUGCAGCUGUGACACACCUCUGUCCGCUGGCUGUUUUCCUUCUUAGUUGUUUAAUAAGGGAAAACCUGUAUUUACCACAGUGUCCAGCUGUGUGACGCUUUAACACCAAAGUGUUUUUUUUAGCUGAGGUCAUUUCAGUCUGUUUUCUCUACUCAUCACUGAAUGCUCCAAGUUAAAAUGUGUUAUUUUCUUGUAACUUAUAACGCUGGCCCACGUAGCUCACUUCCCUGUUUUCCAGCCUGUUGCUGAUCAGGAGCUUCACACAGUUUUCCUUUGCUGCGGAGAUGGACUGAAAAAUGCAAACACUACAUGUAAAUAAGUAAACACAAAGAGAAAGGCUGUGGUGUGAUUUUCUCGUCAUUCCCACUUUAUUUAUAUGUUAAUGUAUUUGGAUGUUUUAAUGAGAGACUGAUUCUGUACUAAAAUGAAUGUAAUGAUUCUUGUGUGUCCCAUCAUUUUGUGGAUUUCAUGGUUUUCUACCGGGAUUUGCUUGAUGCCGCCACUAGGGGGCAGCAUCACAUCAGAUCACACUUGUGCAGUCAGUGAGUGCACUACAGGUCCUGUGUUAAAUUUAAAAAAGUUUUUUUGUUUGUUUUGGAAUAACUGCGAUGUAGAAGAGGGACCUACUGGGUGUGCUGUUAUUUUUCACGUACACACGCUGGUUCAUAAACAACUGCAGCAUAUUAGCUGAAAUUAGUCGAGUUAAUUGGAAGUGUGUUAACUAUAUGAACCUUCCAGUGACCUAAGUAGCGGUUAUUUUGUACUAUUAAUUUAAAAAAAACCAAUGUGUGGCCUACGAGGGACAUUUUUUAAUUACAUUUUUUAAGUUUACCUUAAUGUUACACGAACAAUUUGACCCUUU